AUGAGGUGGCCUGGGAUAAUUUUACUGCUCCACUUGCUGCAAUAUACAAAGUGUGAGCAAUCCUAUGAAGUUACCAAUGAGAGGCUAGAGCCCUUCGAGGGCGAUUCGCAGACUUUGGUGUUCUUCGACAACCUGAAAACUGUUGGCCGGGAGAGGGCUCUCAACGGGUCCUUCAAGUUCACUGGUGAGAUGAACAAUGAUGACUUCAAGGUUUCGGUGGAACUCUAUUCGAGUCCCAGAGGCGAUGGGGAGUUCAAGAGGAUGGCCAUGGACGUGCCCCAAACGAGCAUUUGCGAUUGCUUCAAGAAGUUCUACGUCCAGUUCGUGCAGCCCUCUUUGAAAAAUGGAGAAACCACCAAUUUCCCCCUGGUCGAUGACGACUUUUGUCCAGUUCCUGAGGGCGACUUCUACAUCAAAAAUGUCCUUUUCAACACCGAAGAUUGGCCAUCGCAAGUGCCCCGGGGGAUUGUCAAGGCGAUCAUAACCUUCUUUAGUGGUGGCGAAAAUGUUGGAGGCCUUAUUGUGGAGGUGAAAAUUGAGGAUCGAGAAAAUUAGAGGGGCCUAUGAAAAUAUGUAAAGAGUUCAAUGAGUGAUAAACUUUUGAUUAGCCAAAGAAUGAGUGCAAAAAGUAAAAGUUUGGAGAUCUGCCUCAGAUUCAUGAAAAUAGAUUAAGUUUAUGUAUCACCCAAUGUUUAAUUUCUAAAAAAAAAAAAUGUCUUUGAAAGCUAAUUAUAAACUUGACGCCUUAAGUUUUCAACAUUAAUAAAUUAAUUAUAGCAUUGA